GAUCAUUUUAUGAUUUGUGUGGAAGUGCUAUGUUGCUCUGAGAAGCAAACAAUUAUUCAAUUAACUUGACUGCUGAUAUUAAGAUAUUGUUAUACAAAAUGUGGAUAAAUCAUCAUUGGAUAUGGAUAUGGAUCUUUGCGUUCGGCUCUUUGAAUAAUGCCGCUUUUGGAGCUAUUCUGGACUCACGUUGCUAUCUCGAGGGCGGUGGAUCCGCAGAAAGUUUUCUGGCCACCGAGGAUCUGGCGGUGGGUUCGAUUAUUGGCAAGUUAAGGAUCAACGGAGAUCCCAAUUCAGAGACAGGGGACAUAAACCUUUCGCUGAGGGAAAAGAAUGCUCCUGUAGAGAUUCAUGCCGGCACCAAGGAACUAGCCCUAGCGGUCGAACUGGACAAGGAGGGUGUAAGAGGACCUUCGUCCAUUUACGUGAAUGUCAUAUGCGUACGACGACAUUCAACUGAUCCGAGCUUCGUCAUUCCCGUGAAUGUGCGAGUAACUGAUGUGAAUGACAAUGCCCCCCAGUGGAUCGGCACCCCCUACACUUUGACCCUUUCGGAGGUGACGGUGCCGGGCACGAGGAUUCUUCAAGGAGCCCGUGCCGAGGAUGCCGACCAGCCGGGCCCCUUCUCCACGGUGGAGUACCAGGUGCUGCCGGGACCCUACUCCGAAUACGUGCAGUUCCUCAAUCCGCUGGAGGGCACGCUGGUGCUGAAGAAGGCCCUCGACUACGAGCAGCUGCAAAACUUCACCGUGAAGCUGAGGGCCCAGGAUCAGGGCACACCGCCCCGUCACUCGGAUACGCUGCUGCGGGUGGUCAUCACGGAUGCGGAUGACCAGAACCCCAAGUUCCAGCGAGAGUCGUACAGCGCUGAGAUACCAGUGGAUGGCAGGCCGGGGGAGCUGCGCAUGCGGCCGGAGCCGCUGAAGGCGGUGGACCAGGACGAGGGCAUCUGUGCGCCCAUCCAGUACACAAUAGUCCAGUCGCAGGACGCCAAGUACUUCCGCAUUCAUCCGCACAACGGGGCCAUCAGUUUGCUGACCCCCAUUGGAUAUGCGGACGUGGCCAAUGGCGCCACACUGGUGGUGAAGGCCACGCAGAUCGACAAUCCCGACCGCUAUGCCCUGACCACUGUCCAGUUGACGCGACCUGGCAGCCACAGUGAUCUCAGCACUCUGGCUUUCGUCCAAAAGCGGUUCGUGAUGCGCAUCCGCGAGGAUACGGCCGUGGGCAAUCGCAUCCUGGCUCUGCCCACCAAUAAGCCCGGGAAACACCUGAAGUACACCAUUCCCGAUCCGGUGAACUCCCAGUUUUUCACCGUCGGAUCACUGGGCGAACUGGUGCUGGCCAAGCCACUCGACUACGAGAAGAUGACUAAGCACGAGUUCCAGGUGCAGGCCACCGAUGGAAUGACCAACAGCACCGCCGAGCUCACGCUGGAUGUGAUCGACGUCAACGACUGGGAGCCGCGCUUCCGGGAAACCCACUACGAGUUCAUGGUGCCCAAGAGCCAAUCCUUGCAAUCCCGCGUGGAUUCCUUUGAGGGCGUGCUCAUCGGCAAAGUGGAGGCAGCUGACGGGGAUCGCAACGACAAGCUGGAACUCUCGCUGCGUGGCCAGCAUGCGGGAUUGUUUGAGAUCGAUGCCACCGGAAACAUCUACAUGCGGCCGGAGCAGCUGCAGAGUCUGAAUGAGUCCACGGUCCAUCUGAUAGCCAUCGCCACGGACACCGGCGUGCCGCCCAGGAGCACCUCCGUUCCGGUGAGCGUGACCAUGGAGGGCCUGACCUUGGCCCAAUCCGGCUGGAACAGCAACAUGCUGGGCAUGUUCGGCAUGAUCAUGGGCCUCUUCCUAAUGAUCAUUGUGGCGCUCAGCUGCUACAUUGUGCGCUCUCGAAAGCAGGGCAAGAGUGCCGCCAGCGGACUGGGUCUAGGCCGGAAUCGGGUGCACAGCCAGGCGCACAGCAGUGUGUCCUCGGCCAAUCUGGUUACCCACGAGAAGCUGGCCGGGAAUGGCAAUGGCAACGGCAACGGCAACGGUGCCAGUGUAACGAGCGGUGGGGUCUCCGUGCUGCACAUGAAGCACGGCGGCAACAUCACCAUGGCCAAUCCGAUGAACAAUGGCCUGCAUCAUGUGGCCAGUGGGGCCAGUAGUAGCAUGGCCCUCGGCAGCUCCGUCGCCCUGUUGGAGCGGGAAAGGGAGCGGGAUCGGGAUCGGGAGCGGGAUCGUCAGCGGGAGAGCUAUGCGGCCACAGUGCGCAUCUUCUUGCCAGGCAUAGUAUCGCGCGCCUCCGCCAACGGGCAGCUUUUCGAGGAGGACGAGAUCGAGCACGACUCCCUGCAGACGGAGAAUAACAACAGGAAGGUGGCAACAGGUACGGGAGCGGCAGGUGGCGGGGUCACCACCAUCACAACCACCAGCACCAACUCGGCCAAUGCGGGCUCGAAUCUUCUAUCCGCCACCGAUGCCAUGGGCUCCUCGGAGAACAACUUGACGGUCUACUUUUAGAACUGCGCCACAGCAGAGCUUGUAAAUAUCGCUGCUAAGUCAGUUUAGGAUUAGGUUUAGUCCCGCGCACACGUGUAUGUACAUUGAGUAGACCAAAUAUAGCAUUGUAAACAGACCCAACACACGAUCUAGAUCUAGGCUAAGUCCAUGCGAUUUCCAUUGUAAAGUUUUGCUUCCCAGUUUUUAAGUGUGGAUCCGUCCAAUAAAGUUUUCGACCAUUCAA